AUGUAUAUGGAGAUGAUGUUUUGCAUACUGGCUUGGCUCGCAAACUCAUCACCCAAAUCCUCCCCCGCACCAACUCAACAUCCACCUUCCCCGAGGGCAUCCCAGUCAUCAGGGCCAAUUUCAGCUCGGUCGAACUCUCUCAGGCACGCUCUACGGGGCCAAGAUGCGAUCAUUAGCGUCGUGGGGAUUGGUGGUGUAUCCGACCAGAUCAAUGUCAUCGACGCAGCUGUUGCUGUUGGUAUUCUUCUCUUGUUCAUAUAUAUACCCCCAGCUGUGAGGAGAGAGAAAUGGGUUAAACGCCGAGGUGAUAUCUUAAUUGACCUUGAUGAUAGUCUAUUAAACGAUUCCCGGCCUUCGGUUUCGACCUACCCAACAAGGCGGCCCGAAUCUACGACUGAGGCAACGAACCCAUCACAGGCCGUAGUCGGCACCUUUUUCAACCCGACCGAAACGGCAAACAAAUUCCUGCGCAUCAGGUCCCUGCAGACGACGCAGAACCAAAUUCUAGCGGCCUUCGAGCAGAUUUCGGACUCCAAAUGGGCCGUCGAGAGAAUCUCAACCAAUGAACUCUAUCGAGCUGGAAAGGAGAAGCUGGAAAAAGGGGAAGAAGGGUGGAUUUUGGAUAUUCUUUGUACGCAGAUUUUUGCCAAUGGAGGGGAUCGUUCGAUUGUUGCGACGAGGGAAGAUUCGGUUAAUGCAUUGGUUCGAGUUCGGGAGGUGGAGUUGGCGGAUGUGAUUAGGGAUAUUCGUCGCAGAGAGUCGAGAUAUGUAGAAUAA